AUGGCGGACUCACUUUCCGAGGAGCAGGUGUCCGAGUUCAAGGAGGCGUUCUCUCUUUUCGACAAGGACGGCGAUGGACAAAUCACCACCAAGGAGCUCGGGACCGUCAUGCGGUCGCUCGGUCAGAACCCCUCCGAGUCUGAGCUGCAGGACAUGAUCAACGAGGUUGACGCCGACAACAACGGCACCAUCGACUUCCCGGAAUUCCUGACCAUGAUGGCGAGGAAGAUGAAGGAUACCGACUCCGAGGAGGAGAUCCGGGAAGCUUUCAAGGUCUUCGACCGCGACAACAACGGCUUCAUCUCGGCCGCCGAGCUGCGUCACGUCAUGACGUCUAUCGGCGAAAAGCUCACUGACGACGAAGUCGACGAGAUGAUUCGUGAGGCCGAUCAGGACGGCGAUGGCCGGAUCGACUACAACGAAUUUGUGCAGUUGAUGAUGCAAAAGUAA